AUGUUGUCCAUUUUGAGGAAAGCCCGGCUGAAGGAUAAGGAGAUGCGAAUCCUGAUGCUAGGUCUGGACAAUGCCGGGAAGACCACCAUCGUCAAGCAGAUCAUGAAUGAAGAUGUCACCACUGUCAGUCCGACAUUAGGUUUCAUCAUCAAGACGAUAGAUUUUCAGGGAUAUAGACUCAACAUAUGGGACGUUGGAGGCCAAAAGACCCUCCGAUCUUAUUGGAAAAACUACUUUGAGAAGACAGAUACAUUAAUUUGGGUUGUUGAUGCGACCGACCGUCUUAGAGUGGAUGAUUGUAGAGAUGAGCUCGCCGGACUCCUUUUGGAAGAGCGUUUGAUGGGAGCAAGUCUCUUGGUUUUCUUAAAUAAGAGCGAAGUCGAGGGAUGUAUGGAUGAGAAUGAGGUUCGACAACGGCUUGGCUUGGAUUCUAUCAAAACACAUAAAUGGACGAUAUUACCCUGCAGUGCGAUGACAGGCAAGAAUCUGCAUGAAGGGCUAGAAUGGGUUGUCCAAGACGCCAAAGAUAGACUUUUCCUGUACUAACUGAUGUGGAAAGUCUAUGGCUUGCUCGGCACCUUUUGAUGACCGCGAUAUGCUAUUUGUUUCCCUUUUCAAUAUAUUUUCGUACUUAUGGUCUUACAGUAAUGGCAGGAGUCAUGUUUCUACUAUUUAAUGGAUAUGAAAACUGAUGAUUCGUUGGCGAAGGUGCUGGUGAUAGUAGAGAUUGUCUCAGCUCUUCCAAAGC